GGAGUGGCUCUGCAGCGGUACAAACCGGUAUUGCAGCGGAAUGCUGUCCUGGAUGGAUUCUUGACGUCAACGAGAGCGGGAGGGAGGCGGGAGCUGGCCAGGCAGCAGCUUCUCCUCUAUGAGCAUCAUCUCAUUGCUGGAUCCGGCUUCCAUGAGGUCUCCCCGGGAUCCCUAUAACAAUUCUACAUUUUUAUUGUAUUUAAAUAUUUUUACUUUUUUUUUUUUUUUUUUUUUUUUUUUUUUGUAUGCGGUUGAAGAUGAAGAACGAAAUCUCUGCAGUUGUAUUUUUUCUUUCAAAGCUAUUAAAAAAUAGUGAUACGUUAAGGAGGGGGGAAAUUGAAAUGUUUUCUGAAGAGCUGAGCAGGAUUCUUCAUGACAAGUAUGCCGACCACUGGUACCCAGAAGCCCCAACCAAAGGACAGGCAUAUAGAUGCAUCCGUGUAAACAAAUUUCAUGGUGUUGAUCCAGACCUCCAAAAAGCUUGUUUCAACUCUGGUCUAGUGUAUGAAGAUUUAGGACUACCUAAGGAAAUCACCUUGUGGGUAGAUCCAUGUGAAGUGUGCUGUAGGUAUGGGGAGAAGAACCCUUCGUUCGUGGUGGCAAGCUUUGAAAGCAUAGAUGACCAGAGCAAGAACCCCCAGAAAGUGGCCUAUCCAUCGGAGAAAGUGACUUCUGAUUAUCAUUCCGGCUCCUCUUCCUCCGAUGAUGAGGUGUAUGUAACUCAAAAGACUCCGCCCACUCCAGUGAUGCACAACGCAUUUGAUGCUUAUCAGGUGCCAGAAUUUAUGUUGCAGCCGCCUCCUCCCCCUCCCUGGAGUAAGAAUCCUAAGAGAAAGCAAGGUUCUCAUUACCAGUACCAGACACGUUUCCUAUCCGGCUACCAAGAAGAUAGGAACAAAGUGUAUGGUCAGGUGCCAUGGCUGCCACCGAUGACGCAGAAUGAACGGCACCACUGGACUAGCCUACACAUGCUGAGUACAGGUCACCAGUGCUUAGUCUGAGUAACCUUACCUGCAAGGUGACUGCUGGACCAAAGUGUAUGCACAUCCUUUUCUAUCAGACUUUGACUUAUUUGAAACUUUCUUGCACCUUUUGUACAUGUAUAAGUAAUUUGAGAAACACUUCUUUUUUUGGUUAAGGUUAUAGUUAAGUGCCUAAGUAUUUUUUAAUAUUUAUAUAUUGUGACUUGCACAUAAUCAUGUUUAAUUAGUUGCUGUCCUGGAAGUUUCUAUACCAAAUCUAUUUAUCUACAGACUUUAUUUGAUAUUUUAUGUAUUAGACUAAUAAAUGACAUAUUUUAUUGUAAUAAAUAAUAAUGUAUUACAGCAUUGGAACUUUGUAAUGAUCUCCAAUGGUGAACAUGGUCUGUAUUUGCAAUGGUUCUACUUGUCAAUGAAAAGAAACUGUUUCUGAAAUGAUAUUGCACUUUCUAGGUAACGUGACUUGUCAUCCUUAUUCGUGGGCACAUUGUUGGCCGUUAUUUCUGUUACGGAAAGUAAAGAGAAAAUCUCUUGCA